UGUCAAAAACUCUUGCCAAACGCUUAUAAAUGAGUGCUGCUGCAGUCUCAAGUCAAGUUAUCUAAGGUCCUCUAUGCACUUUCUUGAGUCCUGCUCUAAUUAUUCUGUGCUCAAGCCUCAAGUUCCAUUCCAUACUGACGAAAUGAAUCCAAAAUUUCAUCCUCCAUUGUUCAUUCUUCUCACAACUCUGCUUUGCAACGUCCUCUCAGCAUCCUCAGAAGCCUCCCUCCCACCUCAAGCAACCAGGGAAAGGCCAGCGGACAACGAAACAAUCUACAAAAUCUCCAAGAAACUGUGCUGGAACUGCCUAGCAGAAUCCAUAGAGUUCCUGUUUUCUCACAACUUAGUCAGAGCUGCAAAGUGGGAGCUGCCUCUCAUAUGGGAUUCUCAGCUACAACAAUAUGCAAAUUCGUGGGCGGGACAAAGGCAAGCGGAUUGUGCGCUAAAGCAUUCAUUCCCAGAAGGCGAUUUCAAGUUAGGAGAGAAUAUAUUCUGGGGAAGCGGCUCAACAUGGACUCCAACUGAUGCAGUCAAAGCUUGGGCUGAUGAAGAGAAGUAUUACAAUUACCAGGCUAAUUCAUGUGCCGACGGACAGAUGUGUGGGCAUUAUACUCAGAUUGUGUGGAAAAACACAAGGAGAAUUGGAUGUGCUCGAGCUAUUUGUGAAAGUGGGGAUCUGUUUAUGACUUGCAACUAUUAUCCACCCGGAAAUUAUAUUGGUGAGCGGCCAUAUUAAGUGACAUUUCUUUGAAUGUUGCUCGGUCUAGUUCCAUUAAAAUGUAAAGCUAUGCAACUUAUAUGGGUUAAAUUAGUACUAGGUAUUAAGAUGAAAAAAUAAAUGCUAAACUACAUUUCGAAUUAGUGGUGUCCAAAAGCCAAAAAAAAAAAAAAUAAUAAAUCAGCAUCGACAUAGUUCAUUUUUAGUAUAAUAUAUAGUUAUAUAACAUUAAUGUAUGGAGUUAAAGAGUUUUUUUUUCUCUUUUUUAAUGCUAUUUCAUAUUCUUGUACUUUAACUCGUACAUUAUACUGAAAAGUAUUUUAGGUGAUCAGUAUAAGUACAUUGAUUUGUUACUAUGAUUGUGGAUUUAAAUCCAUUCCUUGAGAUUAAUUCAUAAUUGAAUCAUGAAUGAGAUCAAACUAAACUCAGCUAAACUAAGCAAUUAAGAGCUGAAUUAGUUCAUCUCGAAAAAUUUACCAUCCCGAAUUCUGAUACACCAACAAGCCCGCCUUUCUUUUUCAAAAGCAAAUUAGGAAAACUGGGAGUUGUGCUUAAAUACUCAUUAUCGUUGAUUAGGCACCCUGUAUAACAGGAUCCACAAAUAUUUAUGUAUGUUUACUAUAUCUUUUAAAGACAAAUUAUAAAUGCAACAUAGAAAAACUGAACCUUUGCUCAGAUAGUUCGUCAAGAAAAAAAAAGAAAAAAUAAUUAAGUGUGGCUGGUAAGGAUUUAUCUUAAAAGAAUUAACAAAAUAGUUAAUUAAGAUUUUGUUGAGGCAGGAAGGAUGCUAGCAAUUUCUCUGGAAGUUAGAGCAGCCUAUCGUCCAUUAUUCAGGUCAAUAUUGUCAAGUGCUGAUGCACCUGUCUUCAGGUGGUGUAUCAUAAAUGUGGUGAGUUGGUUGGGAAUAGUUGUAUGUAAUACCCGCAGUCAAGAUCACAUAGUGUCUGGCAAGUGGCAACUAAGAUCAGAAAAAAUUUUCCUACAAUUGGAUCACAAAGAUUUAUUUCCAAAAAUUUAUCUUUUUUUUUCAACCAAUUGAUUGUAAUUUGUUGGAAUUCCGAGUAUGUCUUUUAGAUUGCAACAAAAUCUUGAGGGGUUUAUCCCUGUGAGCAUGACAGAAAGUUUCUGAGAAUGAAUCUUGGAGGACAACAUUCUUGCCUUGGAACAACUGAAAGGGGGAAAGUUUCUCUAGUCUCGGACACGCAUGCUCUCUCUCCAUUUCUUGAAAUGCAACUUCCGAUUGACUUUGAAUAUUUGAUCUAA